CCCCAUCCCAGGGAGGACCCCGCGCCGCUUUAUGAUUGGCCGCGGGGCGGCCCCGUUCCUUUUCUCUUCCGGUCGCAGGAGCUGCCGCCGCCGCCAUGAAUGACACAGUGACCAUCAGAACCAGGAAGUUCAUGACCAACAGACUUCUGCAGCGUAAGCAGAUGGUGAUUGAUGUUCUUCAUCCUGGGAAGGCCACAGUCCCCAAAACAGAAAUCAGGGAAAAGCUGGCAAAAAUGUACAAGACAACCCCUGAUGUAAUUUUCGUCUUUGGCUUCAGAACUCACUUUGGUGGUGGCAAGACAACUGGUUUUGGCAUGAUCUAUGAUUCCCUGGACUAUGCAAAGAAAAAUGAACCAAAGCACAGGCUUGCCAGGCACGGCUUGUAUGAAAAGAAAAAGACUUCCAGGAAGCAGCGAAAAGAGCGUAAGAACAGAAUGAAGAAAGUCAGGGGCACAGCCAAGGCAAAUGUUGGUGCUGGCAAGAAGAAGAAAUGAAGUAUCUGCAGUAAAUGAACAUUCUUUGGAUGGAAAACAGAUAACAGAAACCUAAGUGCUGUGGUCUAUAACUGCUCCAGAAAAAACUGGUUUUAUUACAAAUGAUCUGAGUGACACAGUUGGAAGGAACUUAACCAGUCUGUCUGGGAGCUGAUAUAGUGAGUGUGAUGUCUUACACAGAAAGCUGUCAAAGCAGUUGUAGCUUGUUGAUCUCUUCUACAGAAUUACUAUAAUUUAAGCUCAUUUAUUGCCAUGGCAAUGCUGGGAAAUUUUGAACUUUAUGCUCUUACAAGAAGAGCAGUUUGGUUCACCUGACUUGUUUGGGAAACAGUUUUUUCAGGCUUUAUAAAAGUACAAGUGUAAGAAUUGUUUCAA